UGCGCUAACGGCUGUGUUGGCCGGUUGAUUUGGGAGAGGACCAGACCGGAAACGGUAGUUUCCAUGGUAACCCCUGAGCGGGUUACCUGGGAGAUGACCCCUUUCGGCCUCUGAAUUUCUGCUGUAGCGUCGCUUCUAAGGCAGAUCCCACAGAUCUUGGACUGUCUCCUACCAUGAUUCCUGGGAAAUACCGCUCCGUUUCUGGCCGGGCUACGAACAACGUGAACUGUGGGCUUCAUCUGGUUAUUCAAACAUCAUCGCUUCCUGAAAAAAACAAAGUUGAAUUCAAGCUACAUAAAGAAACACCAUCAUUCCCUGGUCGACUCUUACAACAUGACCUUGAAAGAAACUACUCAAGUAGGCAAGGAGAUGGAAGAGUAAUAAGCCCUUCGCCUCGUAAUAAAUCAUCAUGCAUCUCAUCCACAACAAACGUGACAGAACUAUGUGGGCUGGAAAUGAAAACUACCACGAGCUCCUUAUCAGCAUUUGGAGAUUCUUCCAUUCAGACACCUUCAAAGUCCAGAAUCCGGCAGGGCUGUCAUAGUGCUGGCCCCAAUGUAUCUGGUGAUCAUAUUAAUUUGGUGAGCUCAUCAAUGCCAUCAUUUCCUAUUCUCCAACGUUCUUCUGAAGAGAAAAUUCUUUAUUCAGACAGGUUGACCCUAGAAAGGCAAAAGCUGACUGUAUGUCCUAUCAUCGAUGGGGAAGAACACCUUCGUUUGUUGAAUUUUCAACACAAUUUUAUAACUCGGAUCCAAAAUAUUUCUAAUCUGCAAAGGCUAAUAUUCUUGGAUUUAUAUGAUAACCAGAUUGAAGAAAUUAGUGGGCUUUCUACUCUGAGAUCCCUCCGGGUCCUUCUGUUGGGGAAAAACAGAAUCAAGAAAAUCUCAAAUCUGGAGAAUCUAAAAAGCUUAGAUGUCUUGGACCUUCAUGGAAAUCAGAUUUCUAAAAUCGAAAAUGUCAGUCAUUUGUGUGACUUGAGAGUUUUAAAUCUUGCCAGAAACCUUUUAAGUCAUGUUGAUAAUCUUAAUGGGCUGGACUCACUAACUGAACUUAACCUGAGACAUAAUCAAAUCACUUUUGUGAGAGAUGUGGAUAAUUUGCCCUGCCUCCAACGUCUGUUUCUCAGCUUCAACAAUAUAUCUACUUUUGAGAGUGUCUGCUGCCUUGCUGACUCUACAUCUCUCUCAGACAUCACUUUUGAUGGCAAUCCAAUAGCUCAAGAGUCAUGGUACAAACACACUAUCCUUCAGAAUAUGAUGCAGCUGCGCCAGCUAGAUAUGAAGAGAAUCACGGACCAAGGCCUUCAAAGUGACCCCAUCUGGAGCUUUGCAGAUUCUGUAGCAGAAGUGAGAGAGAGAAUAGCUAUAUCAUACCUGGUCUUUGAAAGCUUCCACUUGGAAGAAGAAGAAAGGCGUAUGGCGUCUGUUAUAGCCAAAAAAGAAGAAGAGAAGAAGCGGGAAAGUCAAAAACAAUCACUGCUUAAGGAGAAGAAAAGGUUAACAAUUAACAACGUAGCUCGAAAGUGGGACUUGCAACAACAUCGAGUAACCAGUAUUGCUGCAAAUCAAGAUAGAAAAGAUUCUGAUUCUCCUUCUCAGGACCCCUGUCAAGUUGAUGGAAGCACCAUCUCUGCAUUUCCAGAAGAAACAGGGUCUCUGGACUCGGCGCUCAGCAAUGCUUUACAAGGUUUAUCUGUCACAGACACACACCUUGUUGAAGUGGAUGGGGACACGCUUUCCCUGUAUGGCUCAGGAGCGCUGGAGUCCCUGGAUCGGAAUUGGAGCGUUCAAACAGCAGGAAUGGUGACAACAGUGUCCUUCACUUUCAUAGAAUUUGAUGAAAUCGUCCAAGUGCUUCCCAAACUGAAGAUCAAGUUUCCCAAUUCUCUGCACCUUAAAUUCAAGGAAACAAAUCUUGUAAUGCUGCAGCAAUUUAAUGCACUAGCACAACUCCGUCGCAUUGACCAGUUGACAGUUGAUCCUCAAGGAAAUCCAGUUGUCAGUUUCACACUCUGGAAAUACUAUGUACUGUUUAGGCUGAGCCAUUUUAGUAUGCAGAAGAUAAAUGGAACAGAGGUGACACAGAAUGAUAUGAUAAUGGCUGAAAGGCUCUUUGGAAUCCUAGCACAUGUAGCAUCUUCUGAGUUACCCCAGUACCGUCUGAUUUCAAUUCUGGGUGAUGCCAGGAAGAAGCAGUUCCGGUAUCUGCUAGAAACCAAAGGGAAAAAACCUGGUAUUGUCAGUGAAGAAAAUAAUGAUAGCAAAAGACUUGUAGGAGAAAACACAAAUCGUGCUACACUUAAUUAUACCACAAGAGACUUUUAUAAUGAAAAGUUAGAGGAAAUAAAGGAAAAAAAGAAAUUCUGCAAGAUGUAUAUUGAGGACCUUGUGAAGGAAGCCACAGAGAUCAACAUGAAAAAUGAGGCUUUGCAGAAGCUUUGGCCACAAAUGUUCAUUGAGCUUGUUAGGGAUGCAGUCAUAGAAAUCCGCAACAAAAGCUCCUACAUGAAGCUUUGCCUGCAGCAGAUAACUGACCAAAAAUAGAAAUGACUUGUAGUUACAGUUGAUUUUAGCAGUUUUAUGUUUUUCAAGGUUGAAAAUACGUAGGUUAAACAUGUUAAAACAACAACAACACUAUCCUACAAACUAGAAAGACUAGCAUCAAGCCAUUAUUGCCUACUGUUCUCAUAAGUAAAGGUUAGGAAGGAAAGAAAGAAAGAGAGCAAGAAAGGGAGGGUUAAUUUCCUCCAUAUGUUGACCAGACCACCUUUGGGAACUAAGCAGUCUGCAGAGAUCGCCUGGGCCUUGCAUUAGCACUGCAUUUUCAGUUCUUGCUCUGACUGGUGCCCCUGCUGGAGCCCAAAGCACUCAGUGUUUGCUCAUGUUCAGCAUGAGUUGCUUUUACCUACUUUCAGCUGGAAAUUUCCAAUUGUUUGCCUUUUUAUUUUAUGUCAUGAUUUCAAAGCCAAAAAUAUGUUCUU